AUGCCCAUCUCUCAAUUAUUCUCCCUUGAGGGCAAAGUUGUCGUUAUCACCGGUGCUACAAAGGGCAUUGGCGAAGGCAUGGCCUCCGGUUUGGCUGAGGCUGGAGCUGAGAUUAUCUUGGUUCAUAGACCUUCAACAGAUCCACAGAGGGUCAUUGACAAGUUGCUUGGCCUCGGUGCUCAUAAGGUCCACCCAUUGGCAUACGAUUCUGAAGACAUUGCUGAAGUGGAUCAAGUGCUGAAGAAAUCUUUGGAGUUGUCCUCCACCGGUACUGUUGAUGUCCUCAUAAACAAUGCUGGUAUAGCAGAGAAGAACGCACCUGAGAAUCACACAGAUGAGCAGUGGGAAAGAGUUCUGAAGGUCAAUCUGGAGAGCCCUUUCAAACUGGCAAGAUCCUUUGGGAAAUACUGGCUUGAUAAUGGCAAAAGGGGUAAGAUCAUCAACACGGGUUCACUCUGGUCAUUCACUGGUGGUAUCGAUUACGUCUCGUAUACUGUUUCUAAAGGUGGGAUACACUCUCUUACUCAGGCAUUAUCUAACGAGUGGUCUUCCAAGGGCAUCACUGUUAACAGCAUCAUCCCAGGCUAUAUAGAUACAGAUAUGACGCAGCACAUCAUUCAAAACCCAGAGAAGAGCCAGAGAAUCUUGCAGAGAGUGCCAAUUGGUAAAUUCGGAGUACCUGAUGAUUUCAGAGGACCAGCAGUGUUCCUCGCAUCUGCUGCUUCCGAUUAUAUCACUGGUACCUUCAUCGCAGUAGAUGGUGGGUCCUUGUCGUAUUAGAGACCUCUAAAUUCCAGUGAAUAUCAACAGCAG